AUGAGGAUGAAAGCAAGGAUGGUAACUCACACAGAAAUAAGUCGGAGCAAAUCGUAUCAGGCUUGUCAGUUCAAAAUUCCAAGACAGCUAAGUUAUGUAGAACCUGUGGGAAAAGAUUUAUUUGGAAGUCAGACUUAACUAAACACAUGCGAAGUCACACUGGUGAGAAACCACAUUGCUGUAGCACCUGUGGGAAAAGAUUUCAUGUAAAAUCAAAUCUGAAAACACACAUGCGAAUUCACACAGGCGAGAAGCCACAUUGCUGUAGCACCUGUGGGAAAAGAUUUACUGUGAAGGGUCAUUUGAAUAUGCACAUGCGAAUUCACACAGGCGAGAAGCCACAUUGCUGUAGUAGUUGUGGGAAAAGAUUUCAUGUAAAAUCAAAUUUGAAAACACACAUGCGAAUUCACACAGGCGAGAAGCCACAUUGCUGUAGCACCUGUGGGAAAAGAUUUACUGUGAAGGGUCAUUUGAAUAUGCACAUGCGAAUUCACACAGGCGAGAAGCCACAUUGCUGUAGUAGUUGUGGGAAAAGAUUUCAUGUAAAAUCAAAUUUGAAACACCACAUGCGAAUUCACACAGGCGAGAAGCCACAUUGCUGUAGCACCUGUGGGAAAAGAUUUACUAGGAAGAGUCACUUGAAUAUGCACAUGCAAAUUCACACAGGUGAUAAGCCACAUUGCUGUAGCACCUGUGGGAAAAGAUUUACUAGGAAGAGUCACUUGAAUAUGCACAUGCGAAUUCACACAGGCGAGAAGCCACAUUCUGCAGUCAACCCCGGCUGUGUCCUGGAGGAUUUUGUGCGCUGGUAUUCACCUCGGGAUUACGUAGAAGAGGAAGUGGUCGAUGAGAAGGCAACACGAUGGUGA